GGAUAGAUCCAAACGGGCGGCCGAGACGAAGGAUACUCCAGUUCCGCUGCCGCGCAAUGAGAAGGGUGGCAUUCUAAUCACAGAGGACGAGCUCAAGGUUGCAUGGGAGUUUUUCGAUACCAGCGGCAAAGGCAAGCUCACAAUGUCUGAAAUCAAACGUCGCCUACAGACGUUCUACAAGGACAUUACCACGCGAGAGGUGAAAUUCCUGCUGAAUAAUCAGCCGGAGAUCACCUUCGAUGAGCUCUACGCCCUCCUGAAAGACAAUCAGCUGACGAACUUCGAUCCGGUGAAAGAGGCCUUCAAGGUCUACGCUGAUCCGGCCAACUCCAACUUUGUGGACAUGGACAUCGUCAAGGGCUUCUUUAAGGAGCUCGGAUAUGGCGAGAUCUCAGAUGAGGAUGCCAAAAUCAUCCUCGAGACCGCAGAUGCAGACAAAGAUCAGAGGAUCGGUAUCGACGACUUCCGGAUGAUGGUGCCAUUUGGACAACCUGCCCAUGACCCGGCAGCUUCUUCUUCCGACUGA